CUUGCCAGGCUAUCUGCUUUGUAAGUGGCAAUUCAUUUGUGAUGUGGGACGUGCAGUGGGCCAAUGGGCUUCGCAGUAUUCUCGUUCGCCGCAGUUGGGACUGGGCGGGCAAGCCUGUGCGGUGUUGUUGUGGCGACACAUCUGUCCCCAACCUGCUCUUGCGCUAGCGCCUCUGGUGCUGUUUUCAGCAGCUGUCAAUGCUGCUACGUCUGCGGCGGCGGGGGGCGGUGUGUACGACAGCAGCUGUACGACAGCAUCAGCGUGUUCGCCGCCACAGCCAUUGCAGCAGUGAACCCGGAUUCUCAGCCAGUUGGGUGGGACAACGGCGGGCCCGGCCUGCGCAGCCACCCGGCGGGCUCGGCCUGCGCAGCUCCGCGGGUGGGGUCCGCGGUAGCAGCAGUAGCAUCAGCACCAGCCGCAGCAGCCUGGCCCUCCGAGGCCUCGGCAGCAGCAGCUACAGCGGCAGCGCCGCGCCGUCGCCGACGGGCGCGAGCAGCAGCCUGCUGUCCUUUCCCCACCGCGCGGUUGUCCUGGACCACCAGUUCCGGCGGCCACGUGUUCGUCGGCCGCGACUUGAGCGGAGACAACAUGCUGGGCCCCAACGCAGGCGGCAGUAGCAGCAGCGUGGUGUCAGCCAGUGCUGGUGGCGGCAGCUCCAGGAGCGCCGCCGCCGUCUUCGACGUGCCCGUCGUUGACUCCGGCACCUUCGCUCACAUCACGCCGCUCCUGCACCUGCUUCACGACUUCAAGCUGACCUCGAGAGUGAGUCACGUGCUGUGGGGGGAUGGUCGCAGCAGCCCAGUCAAGGGAUUGGGGACUCUCCGGAUGCUCUCGGGAGGCCAGCUCGUGGACGUGACGGGCGUGCUGUACGUGCCAGCAGCCCACCUCACCCUGCUAUCCGUGCGCCGGCUGGCGGCCAGCGGCACUAGGGUAGUCUUCGAGGGGGGGGGGGACGUGACCAUAGGGCACGCCGGCCACAUCCUCUUGCGCGGCCGGCUGCGCGACGGUCAGUACCCGCUGUCAGUGACCAUGAUGCCCGCCGUCAUGGCGGCGCCCGCCAUGGCGCCGCCGGCGGCCGGCGGCGGCCCCGCCGCGCCCACCGCGCCCCAGGGCGACAGCGGCGCCGCCGCCUCUGGUCACGACAGCGGCACACACACCACCGCCGCGCCUUCGGGCAGCGGCGGACCCAGCUCCAGCAGCAGCGCCAGCGCCGGUUCCAGCAGCAGCCACCCGGCGGGCGCGGCCUGCGCAGCCACCCGGCUGCUGCGGCUGGCGCCGCCACCUCCGGCGGCUGCUGGCCGCGCUGCCUCAUGGCGGCUGCCGACCGCGCUGCCUUAUGGCGGCUGCGGGCGGCGCUGCCACCUCGGCGGCUGCCGACCGCGCUGCCUCAUGGCGGCUGCGGGCGGUGCUGCCAUCUCGGGCGGCUGCCGACCGCGCUGCCUCAUGGCGGCUGCGGGCGGCGCUGCCACCUCCGGCGGCUGCCGACCGCGCUGCCUCAUGGCGGCUGCGGGCGGCGCUGCCACCUCGGCGGCUGCUGACUGCGCUGCCUCACGGCGGCUGCGGGCGGCGCUGCCACCUCCGCCGACCGCGCUGCCUCAUGGCGGCAGCGGGCGGCGCUGCCACCUCCGGCGGCUGCUGGCCGCGCUGCCUCACGGCGGCUGCGGGCGGCACUGCCACCUCCGGCGGCUGCCGACCGCGCUGCCUCUUGACGGCAGCGGGCGGCGCUGCCACCUCGGCGGCUGCCGACCGCGCUGCCUCACGGCGGCAGCGGGCGGUGCUGCCACCACAUGGCGGCCAUUGAUUGCGCAGCUCCGUUGAGGCUGCACGUCACGCCGUCGCCACAGUUUGCGGCGACCAGCCUGGACAGCAGCUCUAGCGUAACGGCUGGCUGCCUGCUUGUGCCAGCUUUGCGUGACUCAGUGGAGCCUAGAGUGACGGCGUCAUCAGCAGCGGCGGUGUGCGCGCCUGAUGCGCCCGUGUAAUUUGAGCCUGGUUGGCAGCUUGGGUAUAGCAUAUGGGCAGCGACUGGUGGCAGUGUGACUUGUGGUACGCGCGCCUGUGUUGCAGUGGGUCAACUAGCUAGCUGUGCCAGACGUGCUUCUUUGAGGGGGAGGUAAUUCCUCCUCUGCGGCCAGUGAUUGGCCUUGCCUGUUCCCCUUGUUGUUAGUUGGCUGUCAUGUGGCGGUUGACUGUUGGACCCGGUUCGGUCCGAGGGGGAGUGUUGGUUAUUUGGGGUUUGCGGGCGUGAGUCCCGCAAGGUUGCGUCCCGAACCGCGUGAUAGGCGAGGUCAGUGCGGCAGUUGACGGCUCGUGGCCGGUCACGUCUGUCAGCCAGUCCCAGGCCGCAGGCGUGGCACCCGGGGGAUAUUGCCCCGGCUAGUGCGCACGUUUUGCUAACUACACCCGCAGGAUGUAGCGGACCAGACCCCCCAAUACGGUGCCAGGCAGCAUAGCUGCGCGUGUGUGUAACGCACCCGCCGU